AUGGUGAAGAUAAGGAAGAAGACGUCUCGCCGGACGACAACACAUCAGCGUGAGAAGAUCAAGCGCAAGGUAUCCGAGACGCACAAGAAGCGCCGCAAGCAGGGCAAGAAAGAUAUCACGUGGAAGUCCAAGAAGGAGAAAGAUCCCGGCAUUCCGUCGCAGUUUCCGUACAGGGAUGAAGUGAUAGCAGAGGCGCAAGCAGCGAAAACGCAGCGUGAAGAGGAGAAAAGAGCAAAGAAAGAAGCCCAGAAGCUCGGCUUGGGCUCGGCUGCUACAACAAGCGAUGCCAUGACGACUCUCGCCACGACUGCAGCUGCCGAAGACGAGGAGUUUGAGGAUCUCGAGGAGAAUGACUCGGAUGACUUGGACGAAGUGGACGAAUCUGGCAAAAGGAUCAGCAAGACUUCACAGAGUCUGAGGACGCAUGCACGCUCAUUGAAGGCUGUACUUGCGCGCUCGGACGUCAUCAUCGAAGUCCUAGACGCGCGUGACCCUGAAGGCAGUCGCAGCCGAGCUAUCGAACGUGAAGUCAUCAUCGAACGCGGCAAAAAGCUCGUCCUCGUCCUCAAUAAAAUAGAUUUGAUACCUCGCGAGAAUGCGGAAGCAUGGCUCAAACAUCUCAGACGAUCGUUUCCCACGCUGCCCUUCAAAUCAUCUACCCAAAGUCAACGCAAAAACCUAUCGUCUUCGCGUCCAGACUUCAGUUCCUCGUCCAACGCAGGCUCAUCGACGGAUCCUUUGUUGACUCUACUCAAGAACUACUCGCGACACACUGACUCCACCACGGGCCACACUGUCAAGAGCAAGACGUCCCUCACCAUCGGCCUGAUAGGAUUGCCAAAUGUCGGCAAGUCCAGCCUGAUCAACACGCUCAAGCGCUCGAAAGCUUGCGGCGUCGCUCCCACGCCAGGUUAUACGAAAGAGAUACAAGAGGUCGUACUUGACGGCUCACUGCGAAUACUCGACUGCCCCGGCGUCGUCUAUGAAGGCGGCGAUGAAGGACCAGAGAAAGUGCUCAGGAAUGCUCUGCCGGUGGAGAAGCUGAAGGAUCCGGUCUCGCCGGUCGAGCUCAUUCUCAGUCGAUGCAAAAAAGAGCAUCUGAUGAUGCUCUACAACUUGCCAUCCUUUUCCACUGUCAAUGAUUUCCUCAUCGGAUGUGCGCGAACACUGGGCCGGCUGAAAAAGGGUGGUAUUCCUGAUCUACAUGGCACGGCGAGAUCUGUACUGCGAGAUUGGAAUUCUGGGCGGAUUCCUUACUAUACUACGCCGCCGCCUGUGCCUUCAGCGACAGAGCAGACCAAUCGCGACACACCCAUGGCUGCGCCAAGUGGCGAGACAGGCUCAGCAGCCAUCUUCACUUCACUAGCGCCCGAAUUCGACCUGGAUAGUCUGUUUGCUCGCGCAGAUACGGGCAUCUUGGCGGAUGUCAAGCCCGCCAAAGAGCUCAAGCAGACCGUAAGAAUGACGUACGAGCCUGCAGGCGAGGUCUCUGGCACGAUCAAGCUCAUGGGCGAAGAAGAGGAAGCGGAGGAGUCGAUGGCUGUUGACGAUGAGCCUGAGGAAGAGCCGGAGUCUCGUAUCGUCUCGAUGGCACCGAAGAAGAAGGUAACCUUUGACAGCGGCAAGUCGAUCGUCAAGAAAGUCUUUGCAGACGAUGCCGCGCCUGUUCAGCUCAACAAAGAAGCCCGGCAAGCUCAAAAGAAGGCAAAGAAGCGCAAAGAGAAGGCUGCGCGUUCUUCGAUGCAAGAUGUCGAUCAAGACGAGCCUGCUCCUUCUGUUGUCGAAGCGGUCUCAGACCAGCCGUACGACUUUGCGGCGUUCUUUGGCAAUUCGUCUAGCUUUGCUGCUCUCGCCGGCGAAGGCGAUGACAACGCCAGCGAUGGCGAGGAUGACGACGAGUUAGAUGCCAUCGAGGAAGACGAGGACUAG